AACUAUUGCGUAGCAGCAGCUCAGGACCUCUCCACUCCAUGCUCAAAUUCAAGUGGAUGGUGCACAGGCCCUGGCGCCACUGAAAACUACGUUUAUCAAAUAGCUCUGGGUAUGUAUAGCUUUCCAUAAACAAAACCAUAGUGGAUAGUUGAAACGCAUGUGCUAAAACCCGGAACUGACACAGGAACGCACAGGCCGGAACCGACUAGAAAUAUGUAAAAUGAAUAAAACAAACCUAAACCGAUGAUAAUCAAUAUUUUACAGAACAGGGUUAGGAUUUCUAUUGUUGUUUUUCAAUUUAUCUUAUCAGUAAUUCCAGGUCAGUUCUCGGGGUGUUCCUGGUGUUCCAGAGUGCUCCAGGGUGUUUAGUUUCCGGGGUCUUAGAACAUGCCUAGUCAUAAAGCCUUAUAUUUUUCUUACGUUUCAAGUAUGCUUUGGCCUUUUCCGUGCGCAACAUACCAUAGCAUUCAAAACUUCUUCAGACUGACAUAAACCUUCCCUCUAUGUUAUUUAGUCAUUGUGUGCAAUUAGAAACAACAGCAGUAACAACACAGUACAAGAAAAUGUUGCACACAGUCAGGAAGUAGGCCAACAUAGAAAACGGAUAAAUUUUUUUCAGAUGCUCGCCACCAUUUUGAGCCAAAACUCCAUAACAGGAGUCGAAAAUGCAACAAUAUAGAUUAUUGUCUAAUAUGAAUUACUUCUGUUAAUUAUUAAUAGAUAUAACGAAAAUAUAUUAGUGUUAAGAAACAUUAAGAUGCAGCAAAUGUUAGUUUAUUAUCUUAAAACCCUUUUAAAAAAGAAUAAAUUACACGUCAGUUGGCAUUUUCAUCAAAUCGGACUUUACUGGCAUUUUUAAAGUUCUUCCUGAUUUGUAAAACUCUAUAUUGACCUCAUGAAAUUUUAAACGCUAUUUUUCUGAGGAAAAAAAAGACACAUUCAAUAGUUUUCUUGCCUGAAGUUUUGAUGCAAUGAAAAUUUAUUUCCUGGUACUGCGAUGAAGGGUAAAAGGUGUAAUGCUGUGGAACUAAUUUGUAUUUUUUUUCUUUCAGUUUAACAAGGUCAGCCAAAAACCGAUGAAAUAUUCCCAACUAAACCGCACCGUCAGACUUACUCGAAAUAAAUCAGUUAAAAUUAAUUUUAAUAAGUAGGAAAGUAAAUACUGUAUAAGCAAUUGAAUUCGAGGUGAAUAAAAAUCCUGAACAUGAUUAAUUUGUCAAGAAAUCGAUUAUAGCUGCACCUAGAAAAACUAGCUUUGCCGUCUCCACCCUCCCCUCUCGGGCCCCCGCCCCCACCAUCACACAUCUGUUUGCGAGGAUAACUGCUUAAUAACUACUUACAUGCUACUGCUAAGGUACGAUACGAAUAUCAUCAAGACGCUGGUGAAGACGUACAUUUAACUUAUUUAUAUAGCAAAAAAAAUCUAAUUACCUGAAAAAAUUAUUAUUUGAAUAAAUAAUACGCUAAAAGCCAAUAUUUCUCACUGGCUCUCAUAGUGAGCCUGGCCGAACUACCUCUGAUUCGGUAAGCUGCAUUCAAAUCGUUUGGGUUUGCUUGUUUGUUUCUUUGGGUUGGUCUGUUGUCAUUCAUUUUCAUUUCAUGGUUAUCUUGAUUACUUAAGUUUCUGCUUUUCUAAAAGAAUUUCCAUGUCCGUAUUAAGCGGGUUGAAUUUAGAGAAAAUGUAAGGGCUUUUUCCCCAAGGACAAAGGAAACUGUCCGUAAUAAUGAGGUCAGGUGUCCGUAUUGACCCUUUAAGUCCCAAUAGUGACCAACAACAAUUUUCUCCUAACGAUGUCCAUACAUUGUCAAGAGAUAAAGUUACGAGAAUUAAUAAAAUGAUGACCAAAGAGAAAAUGCCUUGAUCCUUUAUCAAAUUCCCUCAACUAAUUCUUAAAAAAGGUAUGGAGAUCAGUGUAGAGAAUUUGAAUGUGGAUAUUAGGGCUUAAAGGGUUAAGGGGGGUUUGACUGUAAAAUGUUCAGAUUGUUUAGAAAACCUCAGCGGAAGAAUAACAACAGAAAAUAUUAUUCUUAAUUGAGGUAGGAAGCAAAAAUAACCUUGCAACGAGGCAGUCGUAUCCCUCUUAGAUUGUUUGGCCGGUAAACUGGUUAGGAGUGCUAAGUCAGUUUUAAGAAACAUGUAAUUUUAUCACAGCUUUGCCCUGUAAGCACUUUCACCUGGCCACCACUUUUGGUUAAGGUUCACUGAGAAAAACUAAGGCCACCAUGAAGCAUUCUUUACAAACUGAAUACUCGCCCAAUCUGUCUCUUAAAAGUUAUAAACAUUUGUUAAAAAAAAAAUCGACAGGGUGUGAAAAGAGCAAUAAUUGACAUAACACGUUUUCUAAUCUACCAGCUUCUUUUGAGGACAAAAACAUUAAAAAAAAUAAGCAAAAGAAAUUGUUAUUGUUGAUUUUUUUAAUUCGUACUAUUGCAAUCUUUCUAGCGAGAGGAAACUUGAUUAACGUUGGUGUAGCUCACAUUCAGCGAGCGGUUGUUACUUAACUGUAACAUUCUGUAUCAUCGAUCAGUGCGUUUUUGUCGUUAGUUUUUUAUAAGGAAAAAGUGUGGAGGCUCUCCAUUGCUGUUGAUUUGAAGGUAAGAUGAAGUCGUGAAAGAAAGAAAAACUUAAAAAUAUAAUUUCGGUAAAAAUUUUCUAACAUUGUUUGGAAGGGCAAAACAACUUUUUUAACAUCAAAGAGCGUUCCAUUAAUCUCUAGAAGCUCAAUCCAAAAAUCAGUAGUUUUGUGCAAAAACUCUUCAACUUACAAUUUCAAAUCACCUAAAGAUUCACAGUUAUAACCAACUUGCACGGCAUGGAAUAUUACUUGCACUAAAGUGCUAGCUGUUGGGAGGAAGCUUUACCGUUAACCGUCACCUUUAACGGUAUUAUCCUCAGAUUUAAGAUCAGAAUCAUAUGGCACAGAAUAGUAAAUAUCAACCCAGGCAAGAAAGGCUCUUAGGCUUGGAUGGUAACCACUCCGGAGAUUUAGGAAGUUUAUCGCACUAGUUCUAGGACUUAUCAGUGGGAAGUAUAGAAGUGGGAUUCUUGAAUUAUACGUUUUCGAGCAGAAGAGGAAAAAGGAAAAAAUCUUAGAACAUUAAACUGAAAUUUGAGAGUAACAUGUACGUUCUUACUACUUCUUGAUUUGCUACGGUUGUUUUCUGAUUAGCUGCUAAGACAGUCUUCAUCUGAAAUGAAAGUGAACCCGACCCUGCAGAUAGCUAGUCAAACAAGUAAAAAAAAUUCAUUAACCUAAUGUCCCUAAUGUAAACUAAUAUUCAACAAUUUUACGGUUAUAUUUAUUUAUAAUUUUCGGUUUAAUGAUUUCAAAGGAAUAUUACUCACUAGAUUUGAUAGUUUCAUGACAGAGGAAUCAGAAAGUAAAAUCUCAGUGUCAAUGAAAUAAGUGAAAUUUUUUAAAAAGACGUUAGACUCGAUCACUUUUAGUAAUUUUUUUUUCAAUUAAUGAUACACCCAGGUAAAAACAAGCAAGUCACUGAUUCAAUCUCUCUGUAACUCUUGUCAAUAUUAGAUUGUUUAUUUAACGGAGACUGUGUUUACGACACGGUACAUGAAAGCUUUAAAUAGCAUUACUAUUAUAACCUUAACUUAGAGUGAUAUUAUUUUGACUUACAUCAAAGAUCACCUGGCUGGCAAGGAAGAAUGAAAUUUUCAGGAACACUGCUUCUUGGAAUCCUUUACAGUUAAGUACGAGUAAUAUAUAUGGGUUCAACUAUUCUUUUUUCCUUUUGUUGAGGGUGUGAUAGCCAAGUGAAAUUAAAAAUUCAUUAUGAAGGGCUUGAUUCUUCGUAGAAAGUCUUGCGUCAAAAAGGUCCUAAAGCGUAGUAACUGACUAGUGCAGUUAUAAGUUAAAAUAGUGCUUCUUUGUGUUGAAUUUCCCAUUGCAGUUAUUGGAACGCAUGCAGGAGAAACAAAUAUCUGCAGAAUUGAAUGUGACGUGGCCUUCACCACUCUUGGCUGCUACAGAGAUUCGGUAAAAUUGCAAGAGAGUAUUUAGUUUUAAUUACUGAUUAGUCACAUUUGAGUCAAGAGGUAGUUAUUAAUUGUUGUUGAAAAAGGUAUUCGACGGUUCAAAAGAGGAAAGAAGUAACCUAGUCAAGAACAACAAUUCAAGUAGUUAAGCUACACAAAUUUUGUCCACAUUAGUAAUUAAAAACAGGGCAGCGCGAAGCACCGCAAUCAACUUUUGUCAAAGGGCGUUAUGAUGCUAACUGGUCGCUGAAAAGGGAUAGAAUUAAAAGCUGGUGUUUUCAGCACUAGGCGAAAACAAGAAGUGCGAUUAUGGUACAAGACUGAGAGCUCUAGUACUGAGCCGCCUCGGGAAAAGGAAUAUUGACUCGAGGGAGUUACCAGGUUAAGAGAGGGUCCCCAAAAUGGCUCUUCAAUCCCGUAAUCCCGACCCAAAAUUCGUGCAAUCCCGUAAUCCCGAGGGUUAUUUUUGGCAUCCCACCUCCCAAGCAUACUUUCAAUCCCGAAAUUCGCCCCUAUUUUGCUCUAAAAUCCCGAAUCCCGAGCUUCAAAUGAGGGAGCUCCCGAGUCCCGAAAAACCUAUUGAGGACCCUCUUAAGAGUCUCAUGUGAAAUGUGCGAGAGUGCAAGGGAGCAAACAUCGCGCACUUCUAAAAACAUUUCAAGUAGCUAGACAAAAUACGCGAAUUUGCGUAUAACUCACUAGACUAUAAUAACAUCUGCAGUAAUUAUUCACUUAUUACUGUAGUACGUUUUAUAUCCAGAGACUUUUCUCCAUCAGGUUGUCCGGACAUUGCCAAACUAUAUUUUAAACGAACUUGACCCAACUGUGGACAAUUAUGGUGGUAGGAGGAUCGAUUGGUUUAACUGGAACAUUUACAUGCCCGGAUUUGUUUGCCGCUGUGCGAAGAAGGCAAAAGAACUUGGAUAUGAUGUAAUUGGACUUCAGCAUUACGGUCAGUAGACUUCUAUCGCGGGGAUGCAGAGACAGGAAGUGUGUGCAUGUCUCUUAUGCUCAACGUUAGGAGUGUCGUGUGUUUUGAGGGUCACGUGUUAAGCUAAAGAGCCAGUGUUACACAUUUUCAGACCUAAAAAUAAGACAACGAUUUUAUACUUAUAGCCAUGUUUAACAAAAUAGCUUGCACGGAACUCGCUAGGCGCCAAAUCAAUGCUCAGUCGUUGCCAAUAUUUAGAGUAAAAGUUAGUCCACGAGCCAUGCAAACACGCACACUUGUAAAAAGAAGCCUAUCUCUUCUGGUGAGUUUAGUCCGGCCUUGGAGUCCAAUCGCAAUGGUAAUCUAGCUUCUGGACAGUUAAUUACUAGAAAGGAGGGACAACACUAUAUUUUGAAAACAUAAAAAUUUAUCAUCAUUGAAUUUUGGAUGAAGCUUACCUGGUAACUAUGAUAUGAAGAAUUAUGCAGAUCAAGGAUAUGACUUAUGACACCCUUCUCGAUAUAAUUCUUCAUAUCAUACUCAGCCUCAGAUCAUACAAUAAUUGCCUUCCUCAGGCGCAAAUUUUCAUCGAGUGAAACGUCUAGGUACGGGGCCUGUUAUCAUCAAAAUUAUCAUGAACAUCAUUCUAUAUUUGACCAUCAAUAUCAAAUUUCAUUCAGCGCAGGUGAAUGCUGGGCGGGCCACAAGCUCACACACAAUUACAGGGCCCUGGGAAAAGCAAAUAUCGGUGAGUGCAUUGGAGACGACUAUCAACCCUGCGGAGCCUAUGACCGGUAUUGCAUGGGCAAGACAUUCACUAACAUGGUGUACGAGCUCGGUAAGUUAAGUAUCAAUGGUGAGCCAAAACCAAUACCAAAUGAUAGAUACUUUGGUUUUUCUAGAAAAUAUUGAUGCUGGACUGUUUUGUAACCGUUACAUCACUCAAGGAUAGUUUUCUUUGACAUGGAAGCAGUCAUAACCAAAUUCGCUGCAAAGGUUUCAUUAUUUCGACCCUAGGUUUUGCGAGUCCCUUUUUUCAUCAAGAGGAGAGACGUCGGGAAGGAGUAGCCUGCACCAAAGACAAAAUUAAACCUCUGUCUGCGAGCCAGGGCACAAAUCCUUGUCUUAGGUUCCCACCUGUGUACCAGGAGUUAGAGUACGCGCAAUUAGUCACCUGUAAAAUAAGCCAAUGUCGAUUUGAUGAUUAGGUUGAAGGGAACUGAUUUGAAACGCGCUUCCGUUAAUUCGCUGAGUCCGUUGGGGGCACAGAACAAGGAUCUCGGCAAUGCUUCACCGAAGCUACUAGCCGGGUUAUAAAUUGCACUUGCAGCAUAGGCUAUCCCGCGCGAGGCCGUAGAGAGUCGAUGUUGUUCUGCACGCAAACUAAUUCUCUGCAAAGAAUAAUUACAGGUUUUCCUUCCCUUUUGAGCAGUUAGAUUUAUUAAAUAUAUACCGCUGGUUGUCGUCUUCGGCGCGAAUGAAAAAGGAAUCUCUUUCAGGAGCUUUUCUCAAAGUCUACUUGAAUUUCUCAAUUUUUGGCCCAACAAAAAUAAACAAAAAGACUGAUAUGAUAUUGUUUAUUGCGUCAUGUUAGUGGACACGGAAUGUAGUCUGCAGUAUGAGAAAGUCGGCUGUUACAAGGACAUGCAUCGUUCCCAGCGACCACUGCCAUUCUUCUUAAUGAACGAUAGAGAUGUUUACCACCAGCAUUUCAGUGGGAAACUCGUUGAUUGGAGAAACUGGGAUGUGUACGUGCCAGAUUUGGCCUGUAGAUGUGCCAAGAAAGCAAAAGCGAAAGGAUGGACUUUUUUUGGUCUGCAGUUUUAUGGUAAGGAUUUUCACUGCUGUAGAUCAGUAGUUUGCCUGUACUAAUCCGGCGUUUUAUGGUUGCAAAUCUAUUGCCAAAGAGCGCGGGCAGUCUACUUCCUGUUGACAUGGGUCGCUCCUAAUAAAUCAAACACGAGACGCAGUGUCUCCAUUGCAUUGUAAACUUUAGAAAUCUGGUGGGAAUUAAGACGAGUGCAGUAUUACAAUGGUCCAACAAUUCGUGGCCCAAACAACCUUUCACAACUUUCUGAGUAUUCUUUUUCCGAAGUACGAUUUAUCGAACUCACACCAACCUACACUUGCGGAUUGCUUGGGACAUGAGUCGUAUUGGAGGACUUUGUUUCCAUCAAUGAUCUUAAAACAUUCUUCAAAAGCUUUUGCACUUAUCUAAACUAAUUUACUAAAGCAGCCCUCCUGCUUCACUCAAAAACGGCCUAAUGAAUUGAUGUUUUUUUUUUCAGGGGAAUGUUGGAGUGGAGAAAAUGUUCAAAACACAUUCUCUAUAGAUGGCCCAGUACGGGCCUGCACAGACCAAUGUUUCCAACCAUGUCAGACGUACAGUAAAUUUUGCGUUGGUCAGAAUUUUGCCAACUUUGUCUAUAAACUUAGUAAGUUAGAAAACAGGUUUUUCCUGUCGUUUCAUCGAGCAUAAAGUUUCCUUUUAUGAUUAAAUGACAACACUGGUGAAAAUUGUAAAACGACGCGCACGGCAGCAUUUUUAAAUAAUAGAUCGCAAGACUUGCAAUCCUUUAAAAUACGUUCUCACUAAGGUAGACGAACUUUUUAAUUCAUCACUGUGAUCGUGAAAGGCUCUUAAUUAUAAUUGUACCCUGCCACGCGUUUUUCCUAUAAGGAGGACAGGUACAGACCCAGGAUGCUCGAUGCUGGCGUCUUUGGAAUUUAUUAAAAUACUUUCACAUAUUGUUGUGAAAAGCAAAGCCAAACGACAACGAUGUGAAAUGGAGUUUGUUGUGCACUACGAAUUGCUAUUUUACGCCCUCGCUAGUUCAGUAGAGACGUUUCGUUUUUCUUGAAUGUCUUUUGCUUUCACAGAGGAGAAAGAUUGUGAAAUAGAGUUCAGGCCUGUCGGAUGUUACAAUGAUGUGAGAGAUUCACGAGCACUGAGGGAGGAAAUCUACAAUGAGGUUGACCCCUCAAGUCCAGUAUUUGGAGGGCAGUUGAUUGGCAACUGGACUGCAGACUUCCCUGUGUUCCUUUGCAAGUGUGCACGGAUUGCAAAAGCCAAGAGAUACCAGUAUUUUGGCGUGAACAGCUUUGGUAGGAAGGAAAUCACUGAAAUGAUGUUAUGUUACGUUGGUAUAAUAAAGGCGACUAGGAAAGAAAAACGAGGAAGUCUCAGUUCUCCCAACCCAGCGAGUUGA